ACAACCAACUAUGCAGUUCAAGAACUUCUUCCUCGCCGCGGCGAUAGCUGCUCUGACCUCAGCGCAAGACGUGCCAACUCUUGCUGCUGCUCUCAACAGCACGGAGUCCCUGUCGUCUCUGAACACUCUUCUCGGACAAUAUCCAGACCUGCUUGCCACUCUCGCCGGACUGACAAAUACUUCCAUCUUCGCUCCCAGCAACGAAGCUCUUGAGACAUUAAUGGCACAGGAUGGAUUCGCGGAAUUGGCUGCCACUGAUGGCUACAUCGAGGCUCUCCUGACCUACCAUGUCGUACCUGCUCAAUUGGCCUCUGCCAAUAUCACUGCAACACCGGCAUUUGUCCCAACUCUGCUCAACGACACCACCUACUCCAAUGUUACCGGUGGACAGGUCAUUGGCCUCGUUCUGAGCGGUGAGGGAGACAACGCUACGGCGCAGGUCAUCUCUGGACUCGCUCAACGAUCGAACAUCACCACUGCUGACGUCGAAGUCUCCACCGGCUACGUCCACAUCAUUGACUCCGUGCUGACGCUGCCUGUCAACAUCACCUCGACCCUAACGGCCGCCAAUCUUACCGGUCUCGCUGGCGCCGUCAUCUUUGCCGACCUCGGUGAUACACUUGACUCUUCCGAGGAUGUCACAGUUUUCGCCCCAACCACCGAAGCCUUCGAAGCUAUCGCCAGCGCUCUUGAAAACGCCACAGCAGAGACUGUCGCCAGCAUCCUCCAAUACCACGUCGCACCUCAAAUUGGGUACAGCUCUCUCUUGCAAAACGGAAGCCAGCUCGAGACUCUGGCCGGCUCAAACGUCAACGUGACGAUUCUCGACGGCGAAGUGUUCGUGAACUCAGCCAAGGUCAUCGCCACUGAUAUCCUAGUCUCUGGCGGUGUUGUGCACCUCAUUGAGGCCGUCCUCAACCCC